GUGGCUAGCAUAAAGGCUAGCGAGGGCUGUCAGUACAUGUGUGAGUGUGUGUCUCUGCACAACGACCAUGCGCUUGCUACAGACUGUCAAAUCAGAUAAAGAACAAUGGACAGCACAUAGUGAAGUCUGUGUAGUUUAUGGAGUGGUGGAGUUCAUGAGUUUAUCCCUAAUUUGUCUAAACAACUGAACUAUAUGGUCAAGUGAAGUAGGAAUACGCCUGACGCUGCCUGCUACACUGUCACCUAUUGAAGUCAUUGACGUGUCAUUACUGGCGGCUCUGUGGUUUUGAGACAUGGAGCCUUUCUCAGACCAGUUCCUGGAGUUCCACCACAUCCACGGCUCUAAUGUGAGAUUGGACCCAUCCUGCACCCAGGCCACGAGGGUCGAGAGCUUCGCCAAUGGGGUUUGCUUCAGCAGGAAACCCCUGAGCCCGGGGGAGAUCUUCCUGGUGGAGGUUGAAGAGAAAGAGCUAGGCUGGUGUGGCCACCUCCGCAUCGGGCUGACCAGCCGGGACCCGAGUACCCUUGAGGUGGUACCAGAGUACUCUCUCCCCGACCUGGUGGACCUGGGGGACAGCUGGGUCUUCGCCAUCACACGCAACCAUAACAAGGUCGUGGAGCAAGCACCAGGGGCCGGGGGAGAGGGGGAAGGGGAGGCAGAGCUGGCUGGAGGUAGGGUGCUAGGAGGUGGGGAGGGUGAAGGCCGGGUUCUGGGAGGUGGAGGAGAAGUCAACCCCAGCACCAACAACAAACCCAAGGCGUUCUUCACAGACUCUCACCUCCAGAUCAACCGCUUCUGCAUCCCCAUGGACAAGCUGGUGGGGCGGAGCCGGCCGGGGCGAUUCAGCCACAUCCUGGAUGACCUGUACAAGACCAACGCCCUGCCACCCACCGCCAGGCGCAGCCGGAUAGGCGUGCUGUAUGUGCCAAGGGGGCAGGGCCUUGCUGACAUGCAUAUCGUCAUCAACGGGGAGGACAUGGGGGCGUCAGCCAAGGGGAUCCCAACCAAUCAACAGCUCUACGCUGUGGUGGACGUGUUCGCCGCUACCAAAACCGUCCGCAUUGUCCAGGUUGAGUACGGAUUCUCCUCCCUGCAGACCUUGUGUAGGAAGAGCAUCCAGAAGCACAUCGUCCACAGGAUGGCUCUGGACUGGCUGGAUCUGCCUGAGAGACUCAAACACUUCUGCAAAUACGAGUGACGCAAUGGAACAUGGACUCAAACAAAUUUGACAGACGAAACCAGUGAACUGAACAAAUUGCAUAGUAAAUUCGUAUCUAUUCACUUUUCCUAGGUGUAUGGUUAUUUUAGUGUACUUUGAUAAAGUUUCACUAACUUGUCGUCGACCUUUACUUGUCAUAAAUUUAAGUGCAAUAAUUCACUACCCCGCAUGCAUGAACUUUCACCGUUUAUCUUGCGGUGACAUCUAGUGGUUGAUUUUAGAACUCACCAACGGGACGGGGCUUUGAAUACGUCAUGACGUUUUUGUAUUACGUAUGAAGAAUCUCGCCGACACCAACAGUCAGGUUGUUUAGUAGCUGCUGUCGAGCAUUAACUGCACGAAUAGUGAGGUUUACAAAGGCAAACUUAAAACCAAACCGUCUUGACUCUGUAAUCACCAUGUCGUUUUGUUCGUUUCUUAAUAGUGAGGUUUAUAAGGACCAUUUUAAGCCAGGGAUAUACGUGUGCUCCCAGUGCCGCCACCCUCUCUUCUCCAGCAGGUCAAAGUUCGCACACUCCUCCCCCUGGCCUGCCUUCACUGAGACCAUCAGAGAAGACAGUGUCACCAAGAUGAUGGAGUCUCUCACCGCCUUCAAGGUCUGAAGUAUCACCCUAGCGUCACAGCCAGAGGGCAGAACUGAUGCUGUGCUGAUGUCCAGCUCCCGGGCCGGGCUCCCCACUGUGUUCCUGAGGUGCUGUGUGGGAAGUGUGGGAGCGGCCUGGGCCACGAGUUUGUGAACGACGGCCCUGAGGAGGGGCGCUCGCGCUUCUGAAUAUUCAGCCACUCGCUGAAGUUUGUCCCCAACAAAGACAAGCAGUAGAGGCGAGGACGUUAGGAGCCAACACAGGAAGUGCUGUAGAAAGUAGGAAGCUGUAGUCCGCACAACAACCACCACCACCAUCCCAGGCCUCCAUGUUGGAGGGGCCGGUCAGCCAAUGAUGUGGACAGGGUUCAGGCCUGAGAAGGACACCUUGUCACACGGAUGAACAUCUGACCUGCCUGGCCACUAGGACCUGGGGGUGGAUCAGGUAGCAGAGUAUCAUGUCCUGGAGACCUCUUAUGAACGUACUUGAUAAGGAUAUCUUAUCAAGAGUGCAAUGAUUUCUAUUGUGAUAAUAAAAAGAAUGUGUAAAGUAUUUACAUUUUAAUGUAGACAUCAUAGCUCCUUGUAGUCCAAGCAGGGUACAAGAAACCAAUGUAUUUAUGUAAUCUUUUGAUUGUAGAUCAAUGCACCAAUGGGAGCAAGGAGGAAGCAAAUGUAUCUCUAAAUGUUAGCAUUUUCAUUUCUUUACUAACAUUUGCUUCCUUCAAUUUUGAUGAUUUCAAACCCACGUUGAGGGUUAUUCUGUAUACUUCCUGUUUCUUCACUUGAAUGCCUGUUUGCACUAUGAGCCAUGCUAUUAUUAUUCUUCAACAAAUUUGCAUGACUCCUCAUUGGUCUAUGUCCUGUAUGUUAUUAAUGCAUUUCUUGUUAUAUAUAUGUUAGAGUACUUCAUUUCGAUACAUGUUGUUUGAUAUUGUAGUUUUAUUAUUUGUAUCAACCAAAGCAAUACCUAAGCUAUGUUUGUUUUUGAAUCAGUUAGGUACUUUAGCAGUCUUAUCUAAUUUGUCCUUGUUGAUAAAGACAUUGAUAACCUCAUGGUUUAAACUCUUAUAACUCAGCAAAAGAGAGUGACAAUAAAUAAGUGACCAAAGUUGGA